GAUCCAGAGGAGACACGAGAGUUUAGUAUAUAUAUACAUAUAUAUCUAUCCAGCAUUCCUGCAUUCGAGACUGUGUAUGAGUAACUUACUCGAGUAGUAUCUUACUCAUCGCCGCCAGACCGGAUCUACUUGUGAAGAGUAAUUCCGAACCAGGGUGCGAGGAAAGCAAAACAGGCUCAGACUUCAAUCAGAUCGACAAACACAAAACAAAAAUGGCCACUUGCGUCACUCCUCGAUCCCACGAGGAUCCGAGCCCACGGGAGAUCAUGAUAAGAGGAGCACCCAGCGAACAGAGUCCCCUUCUGCCUCGUGCAUCCCCAGCCAUGAUGCCUGAUGCAAUGACCUCGACUUCCUGGUGGACUUCCCUGCGCCACUCGAGCGAGGAGCUCUGGGUGCAGGGGAAAGGUAUGAUUCUAGUCCUCGGCGCCCAGUUUUUCGGCGCAACUAUGAAUGUGAUGACGCAGGUUUUGGAGAUCAAGGGGAAUAAUGGCAAGGGAUACCACCCGUUUCAGGUAAGUCUGCGUGAGUCCUAAGUUGCGUGCUUGCUCGAAGUUUGGCUUCAGGCUUUGCAUCGAUGUGUGCAACCAUGAAGAGUACUGUAGUGUUAGUGGAUCGCUAAUCCCUCCGCAGAUCCUUUUCGCGCGCAUGUCUAUCACUGUCAUAGCCAGUUACCUGUACAUGUGGUACACCAAAGUGCCACAGCCGUUCGGAACCAGACCGAUCUUGUGGCUGCUUUUUCUACGGGCCAGCGGCGGCUUCUUCGGCG